AAUCCUUGUACAAUACUCAUCUUUUGGCAUCCUCUUUCCAAAUAUUAUUUGCAGGUUGAGUGGAAUGAGAUCAUCAAGAACCCAAAGUGUUCAUUUCUUAAUUUUCUUAUCUUCUCUUUUCCUAAUACUAAUUGUCACAUUUUGAGUACUCUAAUUACAUUUAAAGACGCUCUACUAUUCUCACUCUUUCCCAAUCCUAAAACAUGAAACCUUCAUCACCAAUGUCAUUCACUUCUUCUUCACUUUCUCCUUCACUUCCAAGAAAAACCCGUCUCUCUCCUUACCUCUUCACACUCUUAACAUUCAUCCUCUUUGUAUGUGUUCUCUAUGGUGAAGACUUCAUGUGCAUCUUUAGCCAGCUUGAGCCCACUUUUGUCCUCCAACCUUCUCCAACACCGGGUAACAAGAAAGCAGAGAAGCUUGCAUUUGCUAUUGGUAAAACAGAGGAAAGCUGUGACGUGUUUAGUGGGAAGUGGGUGAGAGAUGAAGUUUCCCGACCACAGUACGAGGAAUGGGAGUGUCCGUACAUCCAACCUCAGCUUACGUGUCAAGAACGCGGCCGUCCCGAAAAAGAUUACCAGUUCUGGCGGUGGCAACCUAAUCACUGCGAUCUUCCCUCUUUCAACGCCACGUUGAUGUUGGAAACACUGAGAGGGAAGAGGAUGAUGUACGUAGGAGACUCGUUAAACCGUGGAAUGUUUGUAUCAAUGAUCUGUCUUCUUCAUCGUGUCAUCCCUGAUGAUCAAAAAUCAAUUAAAACUUCUGGUUCCCUCACUGUCUUCACCGCCAAGGAAUAUAACGCGACGAUAGAGUUCUAUUGGGCACCGUUUCUUCUAGAAUCCAACUCAGAUGAUGCAAUUGUCCAUAGAGUAUCAGAUAGGGUUGUGAGGAAAGGGUCAAUCAACAAGCAUGGUCGUCACUGGAAAAACGUUGAUAUAAUCGUCUUCAAUACUUAUCUAUGGUGGAUGACUGGCUUGAAGAUGAAAAUAUUGCAAGGAUCUUUUGAAGAUAAAGAGAAGGUUAUCACAGAGGUUUCUACUGAAGAUGCGUAUAGGAUGGGGAUGAAGAGUAUGUUGAGAUGGGUGAAGAACAAUAUGGAUCGUAAGAAAACUAGGGUUUUCUUCACAAGCAUGUCUCCAACUCAUGCCAAGGGCAUAGAUUGGGGAGGUGAACCGGGACAGAACUGCUAUAAUCAGACAACACUCAUAGAAGAUCCAAACUACUGGGGAUCAGAUUGUCGGAAAAGCAUAAUGAAAGUGAUUGGAGAAGUAUUUGGGAGAUCGAAAACACCGAUAACGUUACUCAACAUAACGCAGAUGUCAAACUAUAGAAAAGAUGCGCACACUUCCAUAUACAAGAAGCAGUGGAGUCCACUUACGUCGGAACAGCUAGAGAAUCCUACAAGCUAUGCGGAUUGUGUGCACUGGUGCUUGCCUGGCCUUCAAGACACUUGGAAUGAGCUUCUCUUUGCUAAACUUUUCUAUCCUUGAGAAGCAAGAAAAUAUGUCCUACGUUUGAAGUCAGAUACCGUUUUCGUCUUUUUGUGUGGAAAGAGGCCUUCGAGAAAUUGUAAAAUGUAGUCACUGAAUUUAUAUAGACUCGUUGUGGUUAUAAGGCAAAA